AUGAUCCUUGAAACUUACUUAAUUUUUAUUAUGGUUUUAUUUUUCAUAAAGUGCAUGAAAAAUGUAAUUCUCUCAAACAUUGUUUUCAAAUUGUUUUAUGCACACUCUGCAGAUAGCUGAGUUUUGGGACGUUUUCAAAUUAAAUGUUAUUUUGUAAGUUCCCCCGAUUAACUAAGUAUAGUCAACAUCACAGCACUUCGUCACAAAUGUACCACUUAUAUGUAUGUACUUCCUCUAUUCAUUUUGAAGAAGUAUAUAAUGAAAAUUAAAUUAGCUGUUUUUCACCUUCCAAAAUCACGGCCAAUGCCCUUGGAAACAUGAACUUCGCAUGUCCAAAUGUUCCAGACUAUAACAUCUGCUGAUAACGAAGCUUUCAUGGUAAUGGACUUCUGCUAGCUUAUCUCGAGAGCUUAUUCAUAAAAUAAAUAGUGUACAGAAUGGGUCUAGUUCAUGAUACUACCACUACAUCGAUAUAAUGCAGAGUCUAUAUACCCUCGAUGUGAUGACUUGUUACUGUGGCGUACCAUCGAUAUGAUGUUUGUCGAUAUUCUACUUGUUAAUGAAAUAAUGGGUCUAGUUCAUAUAUCGCCAACCACUACAUCAAUAUAGUGCAAUGUCGACGAUUACUUGCUGUGGCAACCAUCGAAAUGGUGUCUGUCGAUACGCCAUACCGACGAUAUGCUGAGUUGUCGAUGUAGCGACCAUCGAUAUGACGCACUUUCACUAUAGUAACCUGUUGAUGUAGUGAAAAGGUUUUGGCGAACUGUUUACCGAUAAUGUAUGGAGCAGGCAUUCGAUUGUUGUUCGGUCUGUCUUCUGUUCUCACAAUUAAUUUAUACCCUAUUGAUAUCUUCAUUUUCAACAAUAGUCAGUACGAAGCCGCGAACGGUGAAGCAAAUGUGACAAUAUGGAUGAAGAGGACCUGAUAAACAUCGACACGUCCGAAUACGAAUUCCCCAACACACUAUGGCACAUCAAACCCGCGAAAGAGAUAGCAAUAAAAACAUCAGCUAUGCUGUUCAUCGGUGUCUCUGGCAUCUUCAUGAACUCCAUCAUACUCAUUGUCCUCAUCAGAAACAAGUGGCUGUGGGGGGCUAGCCACUACCUCAUCGGUAACCUGGCUCUUAUAGACCUCCUCACUCUGAUAUUCUGUCCGUGGUUCAUGUUGGUCAGGGAUUUUUACCAGCAGUACGUGUUGAAGAAUUUCGGAUGUCAAUUUGAAGGGUUUCUGCAGGCAACACUAUUGCUAGCAGGAGUUGGGGCUGUUAUGUUGGUGUCAUACGACAGGUUGGCUGCAGCAGCACUGUCUGCUGAUGCGAGGGUCACCAGGAGCACGGCUCCGAAAGCAAUUUUCUGCACUUGGUUCGUGGCUAUUGUGCUGUCCCUACCGUGGAUUCUUAGGAGGGAGUAUACGGAGCGACAGUGGCUGGAUUACCUGGAGACAUUUUGUGUCGAAGAUGUUCAAGUGCUCGGCAUAUAUUGGCAUUUCACCCUCACUCUGCUAGUGUGGAUUCCCUUGGGACUCAUGGUUAUUACCUACGGCACCAUAAUGUGGCGUUUAGAGUGCAGUGCUAGGGAGCUAUCAAGCCGCGGCACAGGUCAAGCGAUUACCAAGGCCAGGAGUCGAGCGUUGAGGAUCACAGCCUGUGUGCUGAUGACGGCAGUCGUCUGCAGACUGCCUUACACUGUUCUCAUCUAUUGGAGGAAUAACUUGAGCAAUAACAUCAAUUCCGUGGAAGGUAGCUACGACUCGAUGUGGUUCGUGGCAAACUAUCUGAUGUAUUUAAAUUGCGCUGUCAACCCCCUAAUUUAUGGAUUUACCAACACGAAACUGCGUAAGGCAAUGGACAGGACCCCAGGCAUCGCUUGCUGCAAGUUUGGCUCUUGGUGCUGCGUCUGUACCGUGUUACACAGAAAGCAUAUCGUCAACGAAGACAAACACACAGAUAAGAUAUUUGUGAUUGAAGGCACACCACGACCCAAUAAGAAACUCUCAAAUGUCAUCAAAAACAUUCUGCACAUCAACAAGGAAACCUUAGACUUCAGCAUUAAAAACGAUGACGUCACGACAAAACCUACUAAAGUUACCCCAGUAAAUGCAUGUACUGGCCCUUAAAUUGUAGUUA